AUGGAGAACAGAGAGAGCAGGAAGAGAUCUUCAUCUGCAGAAUCCAGUGAUGAACCCGUGACCUCUGACCCCGAUGUCUGGAGUCUGAGAUCUUCAUCUCAAGAUGAAAGAGAGUAUCUGAAGAUUGCCAGAUCCAUUAGAGCUGAAGCAGUGGCUUCUGACCUCAUGAUCAGGAGUAAGAGUACUUCAUAUAUAGGAUACAACAGAAAGCCUCUGGAGAGUGACAGAUCGGUGACCUCUGACCCCAGUGUGGAUCAGUGUGGAGAGAUCAGAAGUACAGCAGAACUACACAAAUAUGCCUGUGAUCUCACACUGGAUCCAAACACAGCAAACACUCGUCUCAUUCUGUCUGAGGAGAACAGGAAGAUCACAAAUGUGGAAGAUCAUCAGUCGUAUCCUGAUCAUCCAGAGAGAUUUGAUGAUGUUUCUCAGGUUCUGUGUGGAGAGAGUCUGACUGGACGCUGUUACUGGGAGAUUGAAUGGAGCGGAUGUGCUGAAAUAUCAGUGACAUAUAAAGGAAUCAGCAGGAAAGGAUGGAGUGAAGACUGUGUGUUUGGAUUCAGUGACAAAUCCUGGAGUCUGAACUGCUCUGAUAACAGUCUCUAUGUCUGGCACAAUAAGAACAGCACUAAGAUACCUGCGAUCAGUUCAUGCUCUAAUAGAGUAGGAGUGUAUGUGGACGUGUCGGCCGGCACUCUGUCCUUCUACAGCGUCUCUGACACACACACACUCACACACUUACACACAUUCAACGCCACAUUCACUGAACCCCUCUAUGCUGGAUUUAUGGUUUAUCCUGAUUCCUCAGUGUGUCUGUGUGACAUUAAACAACCUCCUGUGAGAAACAACAGUGAUACACACACAACCGGGUUCUCUGACUCCAAACCUUCUGGGCUCAAUAUUCACCCACUGCUGAACUGUCAGUCUUGUGUCCAUAUAGCUGAUUCUGAUCAGUGGGUUCAGAUUGAGCCGUCGGCCUGUACAGAUGAAGGAGGGUCAAAGUUCAGGGUCAGCACUGACCCAGGCCGUUACGAGUGUGUCAGGACCAGAAUGCGAUGGGUCUGUGACUGUGACGUCACCCUUCAGUACUGUACCGUAGACGGACACUUCCUCAACACAGAGCUGGAGAGGCUGCAGUGUAACCGGAUCGCUCCAGUGAUUGACGUGACGGUGAUCUCAGGGAAACUGGAGGAAGUUCAUCUGCCCCAUUACGCCUGUUUAGGAGAGUCUGACCCCUCUCUCAAAGAUGCUGUGAAAGUCCUCACAGUAAAAGACGAGGGAAUAACCACAGAACCUGUGCAGUUGACCCGAUUCCAUGCUAAGAUUGUCCAACCAUCCUUCUCUCUUAAAACAUUAAUAAUAAGUUGGAUAAUGCAAGUGGAUGAACACUGUGAUCUUCUUCUCUACAUGUGUUCUAAAGAUCCUCUCAUUCUACAUGUCUACUUUUUUCCAGUUGAUGAUUGUGUGAAAGAAAAAAUUGAGAAGAAUGAAAAGUCAAGUUGUCCAAUCCCACAUCCCAGACCUGACAGGCCAUUUCGGAUGAAAACGCCACACAUUCUUGAUGUUCCUGGUGCCUCUAUCCAUCCCAAAGAAGGGAUCACACUCAGAAGAGAAACUGACCCAAACUACUUCAAGGUCACGACACGUCUGGAGAAUGAUCUUCAAAUGACUCUUAUCAUCCUAAGAGAGACGAGCUGCAUCUGA